AUGAUUGAUCGUUUUUUUGUUCAGGUUGCUAAACAGCGAACAGAUAUCCUAAGAGCUAAGAAAUCUUUCAAUUCAAAUAAAUAUCAUAACAAUGUCAAAAUCAAAUAUUAUCUUUAUCGAAUUAAUUAUCUUCGUUUAUCAAAUCCAUUUACUGUUGAUAUUAUUUUCUCAUCACCACGCAUUCUGUGUGAUUAUAUUCAACUUCAAACAUUAAUUUUUGAUAAUAUCGAUGCAAAACAUCUUAAUAAUAUUUUUAAACAUUCAGUUUAUUUAUCAAAAUUACAUUUAUUAGUUUUUAGUCUUGUUGAUUAUGUUCAAGAUCUAGAUAUUCUUUUUCAUCAUAUAUUUCGAUUAUCGAAAUUAAAAUAUUGUAAAAUAAUAUAUCAAACAAUCUAUGAUCAACAACUAAUACCAAUUUAUUCGACUGACUUUACACUUAGUCCUAUCGAAUAUUUUGUACUUAAUAAUUGUUUUUUAAUUGUUUCACUUUGUAAUCUAUUGCUUUCUCUUCCGAAACUUCGUUAUUUAUCUAUUGAUUAUCUGGUUGUAUUUAAUUAUCUAGAUAUUGAUCAAGAUUCUAUUGCAUUAGAAUGUUUAAAAUAUGUUUCUAUUAAUGUUGAUAAUAUACAUUUCAAUCUAUUCCAAAAAAUAAUAAAAUAUUUCUUUGGUUGUGUUGAAGUUUUACGCCUUACAGCACAUGAUACAACUUUAUCUUCAAUGUCAAAUUGA